AUGGCAUGUGCAGAAGUCGCACAGAACACUCCCUCAAUCCCAACCGCCCACGAUGCCGAUGCCGAUGCCGACGCCCUCAAGCUUGCGUCAAUGGGCUAUCAGCAAGAUCUGAAGCGCAACUUCUCGCUCUGGUCCGUGCUCGGAGUGGCAUUUUCACUGACAAACUCCUGGUUCGGCGUCUCCGCCUCAAUGGUCACCGGCAUCAACUCUGGCGGACCAGUCCUCCUAAUUUAUGGCAUCCUGCUCAUUGCGCUGAUCACCUCUUGCGCCGCAAUCUCGCUGAGUGAGCUCGUGUCUAUGAUGCCCAACGCGGCAGGACAAUCCUUCUGGGCUGCAGAGCUGGCACCUUCACGAUAUGCCAAGUUUGCAGGCUAUUCAACUGGCUGCUUUGCUUGGGUGGGUAGCCUUUUCACUACUUCGAGUGUUGCGCUGGCUAUGGCUACCGCCAUUGUUGGACUUUAUCAACUUACUCAUGCUGUCUUUGAAGUUAAGGCUUGGCAUGUGAUUGUUGUGUAUCAGGCUCUCAACGCUGUCUCAUUUUUGUUCAAUAUAUAUGACAAGGUCUUGCCGACAAUCGCAAAAGCGACACUCUAUAUUUCACUUCUGUCGUUCGCCAUCCUUCUGAUCACAGUCCCGAGCUUCGCACCAAGUCAUAACUCGCCGAAAUUCGUCUUUGCGACAUUCAUCAAUAACACCGGAUGGCAGAACAACGGUGUUGCGUUCAUCAUCGGCCUGAUGAAUCCGGAAUGGGCAUUCGCAUGUCUCGACUGUGCGACACACUUGGCCGAGGAGGUCCACGACCAGAAAAGACGAUUCCUUUUGCCAUCUGCUGCACCUAUCCAAGACCUCGAGAGUGUGACCUUCACCGCUACUGGUGUACCAAUCAUCGAGAUCUUUCGUCAAGCAACUAGCAACACUGGUGCUUGCCUUCUGGAAAGUCUGAUCAUCUUGACUGGAAUUGGCUGCCUCAUCGCCUGCCACACAUGGCAGAGCCGCCUUUGCUGGAGCUUUGCGAGAGAUGCCGGCUUACCUGGACAUAGAUGGCUGAGGCAGGUCCAUCCUACCCUGGGAGUGCCCUUAAUGGCUCAUCUCGCCAGUUGUGUCUUGGUUGCGCUCGUUGGACUACUCUACUCUGCCAGCACAGCUGCCUUCAGUUCUACUGUAACGGCGUGUAUCGUCCUGCUUUACGUUUCAUAUUCGAUCCCGGUGAUCGCACUACUGAUGCGUGGCCGCAGCAGAGUCCAGCAUGGGCCCUUCUGGCUCGGCAACAAACCUGGCUUCAUCGCGAAUCUUGUCCUCCUCACAUGGACCGGCUUCAUCAUCGUUGUUUACAGCUUUCCCACGACUAUGCCUGCCACACCCGGAUCGAUGAAUUACGUCUCGGCGCUAUACCUGGCCUUAGUGCUUGCCAUGUCUCUUGAUUGGUUUGUUCGUGCGAGGUGGGAAUUUCGGGGCCAUUUAAAAGCAGAGGCAAAAUCAGGCGGUGAUGUUGCGAUGAUCGGCAUGCGAGCUGAGUCGUCUUCAGGCUGUGUUCUGACUGGAGAAGCUGCUGGUCAUCGGUCUGCUGGUGGUAACUUGGCGCAAACCAACGACAAUGAGGCGCCAUAG